AAGUGCGCAAGACUUUGUUUUCUCCAGGCGCAAUAACAGCGCAGUUUUAAUAACGCGUUGGCCGCCUGCCCAGCGCACUGUCGCGUCUUUUUCUGAGCGCGUUUUCUGUGAGUGGGAUUUUGUGCGUGGCUCCCCCCUCGCGCACUGGACGCUCGCCUCUCGCGCAGGCUUUGGCGUGGAGCUCGUGCAGGACUGGCUGUGCUCAGCGCCACUUCCGGCUUCCGUCAUUUCAUUCUCCCGCCGAUGCGCGCAGCUCAACUCACUGUGUUCUAUAAGCGAGCGAGCGGCCGACCUGCCAACACUCACUGACACUCACUCAUCUCCGACCGCGCACGAGACCGCCGCAUUUCUCUUUUCAAAAACUCUUCUCUUUUUCCCUCUUUUUUCCUCGUCUAAAUCCUCCUCGCUACACUCCAGCAGUGGUAGUGGUAGUAAUAAAACAAGAAAGCGGACCGGAGGCAUAAAGGAGACAGGGACUUGUGGGAUGAAAACGGGGCUCUAAAAAGAUUCAUCCUCUCCCGAACAUCAUCACCAACCAUCAUUCAUUCAUUACCUUGACAACCUCUGGCUUUGAUUGACAGCUGGAGUGGCAAAAAGCCAUGAGACACGACAGUUUAGUUACAUGCAGGUUGUUGAUGGGCCGGCUGUAACCUUCAGUUUGGUGCUUGACUUUUUUUUUCCCUUUCUUUUCUGGGGGGCAAAGAGGAAAAGAAGAAUAAUUGCAAAACUCUUCCCGAUGCCCGCGCUCGUCCGUGUUGGAGAAUAGGAGAGAAUUCGGCUCGAAAAAGGGGGCAUCUUUGCGGCGCAUGAGUUUGUGAGCGGACUGGGAAAUUAAAUCUACGACACAGAUCCAGAGGUUUAUUGGAGCGCAGGCUGAUGGCGCAAAGGUACGAUGAGCUGGCUCACUACGGCGGCAUGGACGGGGUCGGGAUGUACGGGGAUCCACACGCGCCUCGGCCGCUCCCGCAGGUCCACCAUCUGAACCACGGACCGCCGCUCCACGCCAGCCAGCAUUACGGCACACAUGCCCCCCAUCCCAAUGUCAUGCCCACCAGCAUGGGCUCAGCUGUCAACGACGUGUUAAAGAGGGAUAAAGAUCAAAUUUACGGCCAUCCUCUGUUUCCUCUCCUGGCUCUGGUCUUCGAGAAGUGCGAGCUGGCCACAUGCACUCCCCGCGAGCCCGGGGUGGCCGGCGGAGACGUCUGCUCCUCGGACUCCUUCAACGAGGACAUCGCUGUCUUCGCCAAACAGGUCCGCGCUGAAAAACCUUUAUUUUCUUCGAAUCCAGAAUUGGAUAAUUUGAUGAUACAAGCCAUACAAGUAUUACGGUUUCAUCUUUUGGAGUUAGAAAAGGUGCACGAACUCUGCGACAAUUUCUGCCAUCGGUACAUUAGUUGUUUGAAAGGAAAAAUGCCCAUAGAUUUAGUGAUUGAUGAACGGGAUGGCAGCUCAAAAUCAGACCACGAGGAACUCUCGGGAUCUUCGACCAACUUAGCCGAUCAUAUGGGGAACGGAUGGAUCCGCUCGGACCGUCUCCAGAAUCCGGCGUCCUGGAGAGAUCACGACGACGCCACGUCCACACACUCGGCAGGCACACCGGGACCCUCCAGCGGAGGCCUGGCGUCGCAGAGCGGAGACAACAGCAGCGAACAAGAUGGUUUAGACAACAGCGUGGCCUCGCCUGGCACGGGUGACGACGAUGAUCCGGACAAGGAUAAAAAGCGGCAGAAAAAACGCGGCAUCUUCCCCAAGGUCGCCACCAACAUCAUGCGGGCAUGGCUUUUCCAGCACCUCACACACCCGUAUCCCUCAGAAGAGCAGAAGAAGCAGCUGGCUCAGGACACCGGCCUCACCAUCUUACAAGUAAACAACUGGUUCAUUAAUGCCAGAAGAAGAAUAGUGCAGCCCAUGAUUGACCAGUCGAAUCGAGCAGGUUUUCUUCUUGAUCCUUCAGUGAGCCAGGGAGCAGCGUACAGUCCAGAGGGGCAGCCAAUGGGCAGCUUCGUGCUGGACGGGCAGCAACACAUGGGCAUCCGGCCAGCAGGUCCUAUGAGUGGCAUGGGCAUGAACAUGGGCAUGGACGGCCAGUGGCACUACAUGUAACGGCUGCACAGAAAAGAAAAGGGGGAAGUCUGCGAGGCGUGCCGGGGGAGUUUCGUACCUCAGUUUCGUGGUCCUGUGGGCAUGAGCAUGGCAUCACCGACCCCUCCACCCAAAAGCCCAUCGUCUCCUGCGUUUGUCAUCCCGUGCGGCCAUGCUAAUGCACGGAGAGCCCUCCUCCACCUCCAGCAGAACGACCACGACCUUUGACCCCCCCCUCUCUCCUGACCACAGCGCUGCUGGACCGGCGACCAACACCAUCACGGAUGAACUGGACAAUGACCCCACGACAGAUUUCACCUUUGUUUUUGUUGUUGUUGUUGUUUUUUUUGAAGGAAAAGAGAACAACGGUGGAGUUCCAGACGAGCUGUGAUCGUUUUUUUAAUCUUGUGAAUUUUGUUACUGGAGGACCAAGAGUCGACGCUGAAUCGCUUUGUAAAGUCUGUUCAACAUCAGCAGAGGAUGACGAACUUUAAAGACGAGAACAGACUCCAAGAGUUCAACUACUGUAGUAUAAAAGCCUAGAAACUAAAUUAAAUCGUGUACAUUUUUUAUCACUCACUUCAUGUCUGAUGAGCUAGUCCUAGAGUAAAACCCUGUUUUUUCACACUGUGUGUGCUGAAGAUCCGAAGCGGAGGAGCUCCGAUCAUUAACGCAGCGUUAACGCCAUCGAAGCUCGCUCUUUUUCGCGAAAGCCCGCCUCUUUUUGUUUCGUCACGCAUUUUUUGGUCCAUGAAUGAAUGUUGCCCUGUUGGUGAAGUUCUUCGUUUUGAAUUGCCCAAGCACUGGAUUGUGUUGCUUUUAUACAUUUUUAUUUUAUUAUUAUUAUUAUUAUUAAUAUUAUUAUUAUUAAUUUUGUAUCUUGGACUCUCAGAGUAAGAGCCUUAUGAAGGACGUGUAUCCUGGAGAAGAAAAAAAAUACAAAACAACACCAACAACAGUCUCACUCCUGGGGAUCAAAUAUACUAUAUAUAUAUAUAUGUGUGUGUGUGUGUGUGUGAAUCUGCCAUACGGACCGACACGCGUGGAUCCUCUCAGUCCUUUGGCACAUACACAGCGGAGGAGCGGCGAAAGACUUUAAAAGGACGGAAAAACAAACAACACUUAAAUUAUGAACUCAGAGCUUGAGAGAAUAUUGUAAGAAAACUUCGUACAGAGUUCAGUCUAUUACUUGUUUCAUGUUAGAUAUUCUAUGUGUUUACCUCAAUUGAAGACGAAUGUUUUUUGCUAGUUUCAGAUCUGCUGUGGCAUUGAUAUUGUAUGUCCAUGAAUCCCCCCCCCACCCUCGAUUCCUUCCUUUCUCAGCACGUGCUCCUCACUAGAAGAUGAAAUACUGUCUCCUUGAGCUUUGUCAGAAAUACAUUCAAUACUUUUAUGUAUGAGGACUGUGGCGUAAUGUUUCAAAGGUGUUCAGUCACAAAUGCUGUAAUAAAUAUUUCAUUUUUUUGAUUUUGGUAGAUUCAUGUGUGCUGUACGGUGUGUUGCACAUUGAAACGUGGUGGAUAUAAUAUAAACUAUUUAAUAUA